ACUGGUCACGUGAUCAUGGCUGAUUUGGCCGUGGUGUUUACUCAAUCUCCCGCGCGCAUCCGCCCCUGAGUCUGGUUUAAAACCGGGACGGAGUCCUCAGAGAGCGACGGAGUGUCUUCAGGCGUAACGGGCUCCUCGGCCUCUCCAUCCACUCCGACGCGCCGCCAUGACGCACGUCGCGCCUCUCCUCUGCGCCGUUCUGCUGUCCUCGCUCCUGAUCCCGGCCGCCGCGGAGACCUCCGUCCUCUGCCUCUGGACGAAGGUUCUGCUGAAUGCAGAGGUGCACCGCAGUUUCCUCCGGGGAGACCCCGGGCGGGCCUCUCCAUCCCUGCGCCUCUACCACGGCGCCUGGUCCGAGGAGGGCGCUCCGCUCAGCUGCGCCUGGAGCGACGACGCAGCGGUGAUCCACGACUACUUAUCCGCGUGCCAGGAGCGCGCGCACGAGUUUUCCGGUGCCGCGGAUGGAAACAUCGACGCGGAGUCCAUGUUGGAGGCGGACCAGCCGUGCGUCUCCGUGGACUCUCUGGAGCGCGCGGGCAGGUCGGUGAGGAGCAUCCGGGGACACACGGCAGCUGACAAUGAUCAAGGUCAAGCUGAAAGCUCAGAGGUCAGCGGCCAUCAGCGCGUAAAGCGCGGGUUCAUUGUGCCAGGAACUCUGUGGUGCGGAUCUGGCAACAAGGCGCCUUCAUACGCAGAUUUGGGGGUUUUUUCAGAUACCGACAGCUGCUGCCGUGAACACGACCAGUGUCAACACACCAUCCUGUCCUUCCACUCCCAGUUCGGCGUCUUCAACAGCAACAUCUUCACCAUGUCUCACUGCGACUGCGACAGCAGGUUUCACAGCUGUCUGAUGGAGGCGGACGACAGCAUAGCUGAUGUGGUGGGGUACACCUUCUUCAGCCUGCUGAAGAUGCACUGCUUCGAGUUCUCCCACCGACUCCAGUGCACCGAGAGGAACUGGUUCGGCAUGUGUAAGGAGACUGAAAUGUCUCUCUACGCUGUGGUGCAGCCGCCCACGCCGUACGACUCACCCGAUCCCACAGAGCUCAGCGUGAACGGCUCCUCCACAAACACCGGCGUACCCACUGGGACGUCACCUACACCCUCGCCGGGGUCCCGUCCAGCCCCCGUCACGACUGCCACUACCGUCACCCCCGUCACCAACAUUACCAGCGUUACCAACGUUACCAGCGCCCCUCCCAUCACCACCAUCACCCCCAUCACCAGCGUUACCAACGUUACCAGCGCCCCUCCCAUCACCACCAUCACCCCCAUCACCACCGUCACCCCCUUCACCACUCCCACUACCGUCACCCCCUUCACCACUGCCACUACCGUCACCCCCUUCACCAACAUUACCAGCGUUACCAACGUUACCAGCGUCCCUCCCAUCACCACCAUCACCCCCAUCACCACCGUCACCCCCUUCACCAACAUUACCAGCGUUACCAACGUUACCAGCGUCCCCCCCAUCUCCACCAUCACCACCAUCACCACCAUCACCAACAUUACCACCAUCACCAACAUUACCAGCCGUACCAACGUCCCCCAAAUCACCAGCCUUACCAGCGUCACCAGCGUGGCUGCAUCCACAUCACACAGACUCACAGCGCCUGAGAGAGGAAACGGUCUCAGGAACACUUUACCUGCCAAAAAACCAGCUGAGUCCGGGCUGAAUUUCACAGAGAAGCAGCCGUCAUGCUCCGUCUACAAGGACCUCGAUGAGUGCAGCAACAAGAUCCCCCCCCAGCAGGAGGAACAUGGCCUCUACAACGCGGAGGCCAGGACGCUGUACCAAUGCGACUGUACCAGCAGAUUGUUCCAGACUUUGGCGGGACAGAGACGACUGAGCGAAGUGCAGGACGUGCUGCUGGGACGCGUCUCUCUGGCCUGCUUCCUGUUACCAGACUGCUCAGAGGACGAGAUAUGCUCAGCGGUUCUGGUGAGAGCAGAUCUUCCCGAGGAGGCCUGGAGGAGGAGCGGUUCGGUCACAGAGGAGCGGCGCCAUCUGCAGGCCGUUCGGCUGAAGGCCGGGAGGCCCAACCGGAGGAGGGCGAAGAGGAGAGGGGGCGGCGUGGGGCUCCACAGGCUGUGCCGCAGGCUGGUCCGGGCCGGACUCAGAGAGUGAAUAUCACGGAGGGUCAAAGUUGGCAAUAUUACACAGAUUGACGCCAUAUCAGGUCUUCUUUCAUUUAAGUACAACUCCCCACAAAAGUCUGUUUCAAUUAAUCCUUACAAUAUAAUACUGUCAAGAAACGUAAACAGGGCAAAGGGAAGUAAAAAAAGGGUUAUUGAUAAAAUACUUUAAAAAAGCUACGUUGUAAUAAAAUGUUGCCAUGUAUGACUUUAAUAUUAGUUCCCGCUGGCUAAUGGAAUAAUCUCCUGACCCUGAGUACAACUGAGGUCCUCUUAAGGGGAACAGUUGCCUCUGUGCUUUCUUGUUAGCUUGUUGAAAAUAUCUCACCAAACACUGGAUUAAUUGUCGUGAGAUUUAUUACUGAUAUUCAUGGUCUUCAGUGGAUAAAUCCUUCUGAUUUUGAUCAUCCACUAACUUUUCCUCCUGUGGAAGAUACGUCAAUAAUGGUUGGACGGCCUGGACAUUACCAUCGGCCUCAGUCUUACUUUGUAUUCAUGUGCGAGUUAGCAAAUGUUAGCAUGCUAACAAGCAAAACCCAAAUGGUUAGCAUGGUAAACAGCACUCGCUGAACAUUAGCACGUUAGCUUUGUCAUUGUCAGCAUGUUGACAUUAGCGUUUUUCAAAGCGUCUCAUGGCUUUAACCUAAAAACGACUGCACGUCAAAAUGUCUCCUACGAAACAGUCCUUCACCUUUUACCUGAUGACUCUACCAACCUCUUUAAAGCAGAACUACAUCAGUAGUCUCCACUCUUAAAAGCUAGAUUUGUGAAUAUUUGUGGCCUAUUGUGUUCUAUGAGUUGUAGAUAAAUGAAAACUGUGUUUUUAGCAAAGCUAAUUAGGAAUAACAAUUAUUAUUAUUAAGUUUCCUGUACAUAAGCCACUUAGUGAAAUAUGUAGUUUAUGAUGAGAGAAGAAACUGUGCACAGUUGGAUAUUUUGGGAUUUUGCAAUCCGGCUGAGAGUAUAUCUGUAUGCUAAAUAUUAGCUACAGCAGGUUAGCUUAGCUCAACACAAUGCCAUUUUACAAGGAAACUGCUAGCGUCGCUAAAUAGUAACUCUUUUAACGCAUAUGAUGUCUGUGCAGUAAUAUGAAGCUCGCCAGUUAGCCUAGCUUAGCGUAAAGACUGGGAGGGGGCAAAAAUCUUUCUUUCUACAGUUUAGGGUAAGGAUUAUGUGUGAUGUCGGCACUGUACAUGAAGCUAGCUGGUUAGCCUUGUUUAGUAUAAAGACGGAUAGAAACAGCUAUGAUUAAAAUAAACAUUUUACAGGUGUUUCAUUAUUUAUUGUGUUGGUGAUAUUUGAUGAAAUAAAACUAACACACUGUACAUUUAAAUUGUAAACUGAACAUUUCCUGCACUGUGUUAUUUGUAUUGUUAUCCAUUGUCUCAUUGUCUUAUUGUCCAAUACUUUGCACCACCCGCCAUAAAUUCAUUGUAUGUCUAACAUACAUUGGCAAUAAAUGUUAAUGUUCCUGA